AUGUCCUCGCUGAAGCUCGAGAAACUGUACGACCUCACCGGCCGCGUCGCGCUCGUGACGGGCGGGGGCACGGGCAUCGGGCUGAUGAUUGCGCAGGGGCUCGCGGCGAACGGCGCGAAGGUGUAUAUUACGGGCAGGCGGAAGGAGGUGCUGGAGAAGGUGGCGGGGGAGUGGAAGGCGAGUGGCGAGAACGGGUCGCUCGUGCCGCUGGCCAUGGAUGCGACGGACAAGGAGAGCAUCAUGUACGCGCGGAAGGAGGUCGAGGAGAAGGAUGGGCGUCUGCACGUUCUCGUGAACAACGCCGGCCAGACAGGCCCCCGCUCGGGCUUCAUGAACGACCCGCAGGCGCCGGAGCGUAAGAACGCGGACACGUUCGGGCUCGCGCUCUUCGCGAACGAGGACAUCGAGGGCUGGGCGGCGCUCUACAAGAUCAACACCUUCUCGAUCUUCUUCGUCACAACCGCGUUCCUCGGGCUGCUUGACAAGGGCAGCAAAGACCGCGCGGGGCACACGGCGUGCGUGAUCAACAUCACGAGCAUCAGCGGGUACACGAAGCUCGCGCAGAACCACUUUUGCUACAACAGCGCGAAGGCGGCAGCCUCGCACCUUACCAAGAUGAUGGCGACCGAGUUCGCGCUCAAGGGCGUCGACGUGCGCGUGAACGGCAUCGCGCCGGGGGUGUACGCGUCCGAGAUGACCUUUACCGACAUCGACGGCGAGGAGCAGACCAACAAGGUCGGCCAGCCGCUGGUGUCGAUACCCAUCAGGCGAGCCGGGACGGCUCAGGAGAUGGCGGGGACGGCGAUUUACCUCGCCUCUCCCGCAGGCUGCUACACGAACGGACAGGAUAUCAUUAUUGACGGAGGGUAUCUCGCGGUGAAUCCGUCUACCGCAUGA